AUUGUGUCUUCUUAGAAAAACUAAGCAGCGAGCACACGACCAACAUGGAUGAUGUUAAGUCUGUGGUUCAGAGACUCUUCACUGCCUUGUACUUGGAGGAACAUCAGGUCAAGAAAGAACGAAGUUUACUAGAGAAAAUUGAGGAAUUGAAGGAGCGGCUACAGCCCAUGGAGCAGCUGAAAGCCAAGAUCGAAGCUCGCUCAGAGGUCAAAACCAAUAGACUCUUGUGGACUGGGUUGGCCUUGAUGUCCAUUCAGGGUGGAAUCUUGGCGUGGUUCACGUGGUGGGUGUACUCCUGGGACAUCAUGGAACCUGUGACCUACUUCAUCACCUUUGGUAGCUCCAUGACCUUCUUUGCUUAUUUUCUCCUCACUCGACAGGAUUAUUCUUACUCACUCAUUAAGGACAGACAAUUCCUCCACUUCUUCCACAAGAGACUGAAGAAGAAGCAUUUUGAUGUGGAGCAGUAUAACAAAUUAAAAGAGGAUCUGGAAGAGCAGAGUC